AUGCACGUAGAUGAGAGUCAGGAAGGAGAGGAGAACGAAGGAGGAGAGCAGGAGCAGGAGCAGGAGCAGGAGCAGGAGCAGGAGCAGGAGCAGGAGCAGGAGCAGGAGCAGGAGCAGGAGCAGGAGCAGGAGCAGGAGCAGGAGCAGGAGCAGGAGCAGGAGCAGGAGCAGCAAACGGAACAGCAAACUUCGCAGACACAGUUCAUGCUGGAGGCCAUCGAGGCUGCGGAGAGGUACCGAGACAAGGGAGGCGGGACAGACAUGCUAAGUUCCGACGACGAGGACAUUCCUGAGGAAGACCGAGCAGCUCUUGACAACGUCAUCGAGGAGUACUUGGAGGAGCUAGAAGCCAACAGCUUCGACAACCCUCCUUGCCGGUAUGACGGUCAUCCUGACGUGCUGGUGGCUGGAGGACGAGGAGUGAACGUGACCGAUCAGCCUUUGCUGCAGAGCUACAGCUUCAGUCAGGAUCGGUGGAGGAUAGAAAUGUCCAUGGGUUUCAGCCGCCUCCAUCCUGCCGCUUGCGCCUGGCGAGGGAGCAUGCUUGUCUUUGGAGGGCUCGAGUCGACCCAUCCCCUCGACGUGGUGGAGAGGUUCGACAGAGGGAGCGGUCGGUGGUUCCUGGAGGGCCGCAUGCCGGAGCCGUUGUUCGGCUGCGGGGCGAUAGAGCUACAGAACAGAAUCUACGUGGUAGGAGGAAGAGAUCGAAACUAUCGGACGCUCGCGACUGUGAGGAGUUGGGAUCCGAGGGAGGGCAAGUGGCAAGUAGCAGGCGAGUCUGGGGGGGAGCCUGACCGCUGCUGCAGGAGGAGGGAGGCAGACAUGCUGGGCCCUCGCGCGAUGUUUGGAUGCUGCAAGCUCGACGGCCGGUUCUACGUCGCAGGAGGACAGGAUGUCUCGGUCAACAAGAUGCUCAAAGAUGGAGCAGACCUCUACCUCGACACCGUGGAGAGCUUCCAGCCCCUGGGGUCGCUCAGCAUAUGGAGGAAGGAGCCUUCACUGCGGCAGAGGCGGAGUGGACCCGCGAUGGUGGCGUUCCGGGGACGACUCUUCGUCAUCGGAGGGUUGAACUCAGAGGACUUUGGCAUGAUGGAUGUUGACAGUCUUGACCCCACCUUUGACAUGGACUGGAGGAAGGAGCCGGACCUCCUCUUUGCUCAUGCAGGGGCAUCUGCUGUAGCGACCUCCGACGAGAUUCUUGUGCUGGGAGGGUCGAACGUCGUUCCAGGCUCCUUCAUGACGGUGUGCGAGCGAUACACGAGGAGGAAACUAGCGAAGGAGGGCGAGGGGCAAGGAAAGGGCAAGAGGAGAUGGCAGCUGAUGCCUUGCCUCCCCUUCUCCACUGAGGGGGCAGCUGCUUGUAUCUUUAUCUAG